AUGGCGUCAGUGAGUGACCCCCGCCAGCAGUCGCAGGCGCAGAAGGACGCGGCCGAUCAGAACUUCGACUACAUGUUCAAACUGCUCAUCAUCGGGAACAGCAGCGUGGGCAAAACAAGCUUCCUGUUCCGCUACGCCGACGACUCCUUCACCUCCGCCUUCGUCAGCACCGUGGGUAUCGACUUCAAGGUCAAGACCGUCUACCGGAAUGAGAAGAGGGUCAAGCUCCAGAUUUGGGACACGGCCGGACAGGAGAGGUACCGAACCAUCACGACAGCAUACUACAGAGGAGCCAUGGGCUUCCUGCUUAUGUAUGACAUCACCAACCAGGAGUCCUUCUACGCAGUGCAGGACUGGGCGACACAGAUUAAGACUUACUCCUGGGACAACGCUCAGGUGAUCUUAGUGGGAAACAAGUGUGACCUGGAGGAGGACAGACUGGUGCCGACCGAGGACGGGCAGAGACUGGCAAAUGAGUUAGGUUUCCAGUUUUUUGAGGCCAGUGCUAAGGACAACAUAAACGUGAAGCAGGUGUUUGAGAGACUCGUGGACGUCAUAUGUGACAAGAUGAACGAGAGCAUGGAUGGAGAGCCGAGCCCAUUGGCCAAUCACAAAGGCCCCACCCUCCAGGACACGCCCCCUGAGGGUCAGAGCGGCUGCUCGUGUUAG